UCACCCGUCACCAUUUCAUCACAUUCAUUCUCUCUUUACCCUCAUUUCCCUUCUUUAUUCCCUUCAUCGCCUUCCUUCCUUUCCUUCCUUCCUCCACAACCCAGAUUCUCCUCCAAAUUUCCCUUCCUUCGAUCAGAUCCGCUUCACCAACCUCACCAAAACCCUCUGCUACCUAUCCAUGACGCUUGGCUCAGGAGGAUCCAGUGUCGUGGUCCCAAGGAACUUCAGAUUGCUGGAGGAACUCGAAAGGGGAGAAAAAGGUAUUGGAGAUGGCACAGUAAGCUAUGGAAUGGAUGACGGUGAUGACAUUUACAUGCGCUCUUGGACUGGCACCAUCAUUGGCCCCCAUAAUACUGUACAUGAAGGAAGAAUUUAUCAACUGAAGCUGUUUUGUGAUAAAGACUAUCCAGAAAAGCCCCCAAGUGUUCGGUUUCAUUCACGGAUCAAUAUGACUUGUGUUAAUCAUGAAACUGGAGUGGUUGAACCCAAGAAGUUUGUUCUUCUUGCAAAUUGGCAAAGAGAGUACACCAUGGAGGAUAUACUAACCCAGCUGAAGAAGGAAAUGGCAGCUCCUCACAACCGGAAGCUUGUCCAGCCCCCAGAGGGAACCUACUUUUAACACCAAAGAUGAUAUAGUUGUCGGAUCAUAUUGCAUUUGUAGUAUGCGAUAUAUAGUGUGUAAUGCUCUGUGGAUCCUUCUGAAUUCAAGAACAUGUAGGGGAAUGCCCCAAAAAGCUUCAUAUUUCCAUCUCCGUGGCUUCAGAGUUGUUUUGUUGUCUUAUUUUGUCAACUGUGCUGAAGGGAUGCUGUUUGAUUAAAUAUUAUGUGUCAAAUAUUGGAAGUAACUCUUUUAAGUAGUAGUAUUUUUCCGUCGAA